UUGUUUAUUGACGUCCUCUCCUUUACGACACCUCAGAAAUUACGGCAAUAAUGACCUCAUCGUUUAAAAGAGACUCGCGGGCUCCUACCUGCCCCUGCAUCAGCAUGGCUUACAGACGAAGACGACCGCGUUUAAUUCCAGACCCCAGUGACAGUGGCCAAAUAAGCAACAUGGAGCAGCUCGCCUUCAAAUACAAGGAGAUGUGUAAAGUGGAAUCCAGCACUGAUUCGGACUCUGAGAUUAGUCCAAGAUGGUCAGACACCAGCACUAUGGAAUGUGUGAGCAGUGCGCCGGAGAGUGGCAGUUUAAGACGGACGUUGCCACGAGUGCACGAACCUGCAGGGGGACGCCAGGGAUGUUACUCCUUGUUUUUGGACCCAUAUGACGGGAGCUCGGAGGAUUCUGAUGAGACCAACAUGGAUGCCAGCAUCCCAAAAGGGCGAACCAGGCAGCAGGGAAAAGGAGGACGAGGUCGCAUCUCCCGUCGGACUAGACAUUUUAUUCUUCACCCUCCUCUGUCCACUGACUUUAGACCACUGGUGAAACCAACUAAAGCGACAAGCCAGCAUCUUCUGGACGUGCACAUGAAGUGUUCGGAUGACUCUGAGGUUUGGCUGUGCCAGCUGAGCAAGGACAUGACUGGCAGCCAAGCGGCAGCGGCGGGUUUGGAAGCACACUAUAGACUCCACGGUGACGCCCAGAUGCCCGACAGCUCCUUGGACAGUACGGCCGGCCCAUGUGAUGUUUGUGUGGUGGUCAAGAGGAAGCCGGACGUGCCCUGCGGUGACAGUCUGGUGCUAAGAAAGAGGCUGUGUGUGGUCCGCGUAGAAGAGGAGAAAGAAGGAUGAUAGAGAUGUCCACCAAAUUUUGCGUGAAACUGAGGGACUGCUUCUGCAUCAGCAUCAUGCUUGAGCCCUCUCAAGU